UUUAAUCAAACCGAAUUUUUUAUAUAAAAUGGAGAAAUUAAAUUCAACUUUAAAUUCCGUAAAAGCUUUGCGUUCUAGUGUUCGCCAAUGUUUUGAACAAUUGGCUGAUGGUACGGCCAAACAAGUGGACGCCAGUGGCGUCGAGCAGUCCGAAGAAAGUCGCAAUCGAUUUUUGGUUGAAUUUCAGGAAAACUAUGGAAAUAUUAAUCAGCAAUUGAGAGAAGUGGAAUCACUGAUAAAUGGCUUACAAGUGCCCAUGAGCCCUUAUUAUUUGGGCAACACUACAUAUUUGGCACAAGAAAUAACACAAGAUCGCCAAGCUAUGUACCCUCAACUGGUUAAUAGUUACAAAUGGAUUGAUAAGGUUCAUGAGCAUAGUCUUUUGGCUUUUAAUAAUUUAAAUUUGAAUAACUUGAGGAGAUCAUACACAUAUUCACAAAAAAGGGGUCGUGUUCAAUACACAUCAUGCAACAAUCCCGAUCCAGAAUUCAUCGAUAAUCUUUUCAACAGUGAAAUUACUCAUACAAAUACCACCUACAAAGUUUGUCGUCCAUUCAGCUCUAAUGCGGUUGUCAUCGCCACAAUAAGUCAUGUUUUGAAAGCGGCUAUAAUCUGCAAAGGUGUUUUAAUUGAAUGGGUGACCGUGAAGGGUUACGAUGAGCCAUUAGAAAUUGAAGAUCUUUGGACUGAAUCUCGUUAUGAAGUAUUUCGUAAAGUACAAGAGCACACACACUCAGCUAUGUUGCACUUCUUUUCGCCAACACUGCCCGAGUUGGCCGUCAAAAGUUAUAUGACUUGGCUCAAUAGUUACAGUAAAUUAUUUUUGGAACCUUGUAAGAGAUGUGGCAAGUAUGUAUCGAAUGGUUUGCCACCAACCUGGCGUGAUUUAAGGACUUUAGAGCCAUUCCAUGAGGAAUGCAAGAAUUGUUAAAUCAAAAUCCUAUUUGUAGUGUGUGUAUUAGUGAAUUUAAGUUAAAUGCAAAUAAAACAACUAUAUACUUUUUUUUAA